AUGAAUUCUUCCACAACUUCCGCAGGGGAUCUGCGUCCGCGGCAAGAGACAGAGCCGGAUUAUGAUGCGGAGAUCGGGGUGCUGCAGUGGGAUGAGCCCAUGUCGCACCACCAUCAUAACCGUGACUCCCAUUACCACCCACAUUCCCUGUUGACGGAGGAUAUGCGAUAUAUCCCAACCAUGGUCAAUGGAAACACAUCCGCGCUUCUGCAUUCGAUAUCGAUUUCUCCAUCCUCAAGCCUUUCACCACCGGAAGCGACUGCCUGCAUCACCAUGAAUCCACUGGAUUCUGCAAUGAUGGGUACCGUAGGGGUCGACUCACAGCAUAUCGAUCAUAGCGGGCAUCGAAUAUCUAGUACUAUUAACCGACGACAAUCCCAAAAUCGCGAAGCCCAGCGUCGAUUCCGGGAACGGAGGGAGCAGGAGAGAGUUCAAACACAGGUCAAGAUGGACGUGCUUCGAACAGAAAACAAGCGGUUGUCGGAUUUAUUCCACCUGUUAAGGACGGAGAAUCACAGGAUAGAGGGGGAGAAUGAGCGAUUGAAGACGGAACUAGGGAUAAUGAGGAAACGGUGGAAGGAUGUGCUGCGUGUAAUGUCGGAGAUGGCGCAGCAAGAUGAGCGGACCGCAGGUUGUCGGUCAUCAUCUUCGACCGCCAGCUCUUCUUCUUCUCCCACUUCGCCCUCUGGCCCUUGCUCUCAGGUAGACAUGCAGAGCCUCAGGCGCUCAAUCGUGAUGCAGACUCUGGUAGCACUUUUUGAGGAGAGAGGAUCAGACUCAACGCGUUCUAUCGCAGUUAAAGACGGCUCCGAGAGCCCCUGA